AUGGAGGGUAGCAUUCGCCCGAGAAGGCAGUCAAUCCUCAUCGGACAACGGUCACUCGAUGUGUAUGGAGAGACCGAAAAAGGACCAAAAUUCGUCUUAUGGCUCAUUCGAAUGUUCCGAAAAUGGGGAUUUUUCAUUGCUGAAUGGCCAUGGACUGCUAUAAUUUUGUGUUUAAUCGUUUCUGCUAUAUCAACAGUUAAAAUCGUAUUAACACCUCAACGGAAUGAAAUUACGGGAUAUACACCUUAUGGAGCUCGAGCCAAUGAUGAGUUCUUGGAAUACCAGAACUUUUUCUCCUCACAAGGCACUAGUUAUGAUGUUUUCUGCAGAGAUUUAAGCAAAAGUUCAACACCUACGUUUUUAGUGGUACCAUUAAAAUUUUCCAAUGAAUCAGUUUUCUAA